AUGCCCCAGGCGACCCUUGCCGCCGGGUUGGGCAGUGCUUCCGCCACUGCUGCUCCCGCCUCACGCGCAUGCCCCUCCGCCGCCGCCUUCUCCGCCAUCCCCGCUUCCGCCCGUUUCUCCACCGUCACUCGCGCCCCUUCCGCUGCCUUCUCGCCUGCUGACGCAUUCUCCUCCGCCGCCACUGCCCCCGCCGUUUCCUCCGCGUCCCCCGCUUCCACCUCGUCCGCCGGCGCUUCCGCCGCUCCCCGCGCCCCCCCCGCCCUCGUGCCCAUCUCGACGGUCCUCGUGGCAAAUCGCGGCGAGAUCGCGUGUCGCGUGAUGCGCACUCUAAAGCGCCUCGCGAUUCGCUCAGUGGCCGUGUACAGUGAUGCGGACCGCGACGCGCUCCACGUGCGAUCCGCUGACGUGGCGUUCCGCGUGGGGCCCGCCGCGGCGCGAGAGAGCUACCUGCGGGGCGACGCGAUCCUGGAGAUUGCAGAGCGAUGCGGGGCGCAGGCCAUUCACCCCGGCUAUGGUUUUCUCUCCGAGAAUGCUGACUUCGCUGCAGCGUGCAAACAGAGAGGACUGGAAUUCAUUGGGCCGCCGCCAAGUGCUAUCCGGGCGAUGGGGGACAAAAGUGCGGCCAAGGAGCUGAUGACGUCAGCAGGGGUGCCGGUGGUCCCGGGGUACCACGGCGAGGACCAAUCAGAGCGCUUCCUGCAGGAGGAGGCGGGGCGGAUCGGAUACCCCAUUCUGAUCAAGGCCACUCAGGGGGGCGGGGGGAAGGGCAUGCGCAUAGUGCGUCAGCCUCAGGACUUCCUCGCCAGCCUGGCGAGUGCAGCGAGGGAGGCGGCAGCAUCGUUUGGCAAUGGACGGGUGCUGCUGGAGCGAUACAUUCAGAGGCCCACGCACAUUGAAGUGCAGGUAUUCGCAGACAAGCACGGCAAUGUGGUGCAUCUGUUCGAGAGGGACUGCAGCGUGCAGCGGCGGCACCAGAAGAUCAUCGAAGAGGCUCCCGCUCCGGGCAUAUCUGAGGAGUUUAGGGAGAAGAUCUGCUCCGCUGCUGUUGACGCUGCCAAGGCGGUGGGGUACGAGGGGGCAGGUACGGUGGAGUUCAUAAUCGACUGUGACACUAACGAGUUCUUCUUUAUGGAGAUGAACACAAGGCUGCAGGUGGAGCAUCCAGUAACGGAGAUGGUGACAGGACAGGAUCUAGUGGAGUGGCAGGUGCGCGUGGCACGAGGGGAGCCCCUCCCGCUCGCUCAGGGGGACCUGAAGCUAACAGGGCAUGCCUUUGAGGCGCGGGUCUACGCUGAGAACGUUCCCAGAGGCUUCCUGCCGGCUGCUGGCCCGCUGCUGCACCUGCGCACUCCGGAACCCUCUGCUUGCGUCCGGGUCGAGACGGGGGUGCAGGAGGGCGAUGACGUCAGCACCUUCUACGACCCAAUGAUAGCCAAGCUGGUGGUGUCAGCGGCCAAUCGCAGCGCGGCGCUGCAGCUGCUGCGGCAAUCCCUGGGGCGGUACGAGGUGGCGGGCGUGCCGACCAAUCUCGCGCUGCUCCAGGCUGUCGCGUGCCACGCGGGAUUCGAGCGUGCUGACGUGGACACGCACUUCAUUCAGCGCCACCACGACCAGCUGAUGACGUCACCAGUGACGUCACCGGCAGCAGGGGGAGUGGUGGGAUCAGGGAAGGCAGGAGAAGCAGCAGGGGGAGGAGCGGAGAGGGCCGGGGAUGGGGUGUUGCCUCUAAGUGGGGCAGAGGGCGCAGCAGUGGCAGCAAUGGUGUGUCAAUGUGUGGUGGAGAGAUGGAGGGAGCAGGGCGGUGGUGGCUUUUCACCGUCCUCCCCCCAUUCCCCCUCUUCCCCCUCUCUCCCCCCUUCCCCCUGGUCGUCCGCCUCUGGGUUCCGCCCCAACUACUUCUAUUCCCGCCCCUUCGCCCUCUCCCCCUGCCUGGGGGGAGGGGAGGGCGCGGAAGGGGAGGGGGACGAGGGGGAAGAUGGGGAGGAGGCGGAGGCUGGGGAAGGGGGGGCGGAGAAGGGGGCGGAGGAAGCGGGCAGGCAAGGGGCGGUGGAGGGGUGGGUGAGGUAUGAGACGGAUGGGGGCUUCACGGUUGGGCUGGCGGAUGGGAGACACGUGGCAGCCUCUGGUUGGGUGGUGGAUGGGGAGGGGCGGCGGGUGGAGGUGGAGGUGGGGGGGGAGAGGAGCCGCUUGUCGUUCUUCCAAGAGAGCACGCGUGACAGCACUCAUACCCACGUGUGGGUGAAUGGACACCACCACCAGUUCGCCUCGCCCUGCCCCUCCAUCGCCCCCUUCCCCCUCGAUGAUCAUGAUGACUAUGAUGAUCAUGCCCAUACUUAUGGGCAUGCCCAUGAGCAUGCCCAUGGGCAUGCACAUGGGAGGGGCGUGGUGGUAACGCCGAUGGCGGGGAGGGUGGUGCGGGUGGCAUGUGGGGAGGGCGCAUCUGUGCGCAAGGGGGACGUGGUGGUGAUUCUCGAGUCCAUGAAGAUGGAGCAUUCAGUGAAGGCACGUCAGUCAGGCGUAUUGGCUGACGUGAGAGUGGCAGUGGGGCAGCAGGUGGCAGAUGGGAUGCCUCUCUUCCGCGUGGUGCCGCCAGAACAAGCAGCAUCAGCCUAG